AAGAGAUUACUCACACUCUUUCUGAAGUACAGCACCCAGUUGUACUCAGCUUUUUUGCUAAGCAGUUUCAGCCCAGAAUGGCUGUGGAAUCCAGAGCAGUUUCAGCCUUGAUAUCUCAGGAUAUUCAGGAACAAGAACUAACACUAGUAAAAGUAGAAGACGGCAUUUCCUGGGGUCAGAAACUUAAACAGAAUGGGAGUACCCUAUCCUGCCAAGAAUUGUUUCGCCAGCAAUUCAGAAAGUUUUGCUACCAGGAGACACCUGGGCCCCGGGAGGCUUUGGGCCGACUCCAGGAGCUUUGCUAUCAGUGGCUAAUGCCAGAGUUGCACACCAAGGAGCAGAUCCUAGAGCUGCUAGUGUUGGAGCAGUUCCUGAGCAUCCUGCCUGAGGAGUUGCAGAUCUGGGUUCAGCAACACAAUCCAAAAAGCGGCGAGGAAGCCGUGACCCUGUUGGAGGAUUUGGAGAGGGAGUUUGAUGAUCCAGGACAUCAGAUCCCAGCUAGUCCACAGGGACCAGCGGUGCCAUGGAAGGAUUUGAUAUGUCAUGGAACAUCCCAAGAGUCAACAAACAUCCAACUCCAGCCUCUAAAGACACAGCUGAAAUCUUGGAAACCUUGCUUUUCCCCUACAAGUGAUUGUGAGAACAAUGCAACAGCAACAAAGGAGGACAUUUCAGGAGAAAAAUCACAAAGACUCCCUCAGGAACCUUCAUUUGGAGGAGUUAGUGAGCACGAAAGCAGUUUAGAGUGGAAGCAGGGAAGUACUACAGGUGCAAAAUUAAGAUCCCCUUCCCAAAGGGGCAGUUUUAGUCAAAUGAUCUUCACACACAAAUCUCUAGGAAGGAGAGACCAUCAUCAGGAGCCAGAAAGAUGCUUGAUUCUCACUGCAAACUCUAUAACAUGUAAGAAUGUUUCUACAGAAGAGAGACCUUAUAGAUGUGAUGUAUGUGGACACAGUUUCAAGCAGCAUUCCUCUCUAACACAACAUCAGAGAAUCCAUACUGGAGAAAAGCCCUAUAAAUGUAACCAUUGUGGGAAGGCCUUUAGUUUAAGGUCAUAUCUUAUUAUUCAUCAGAGAAUUCAUAGUGGUGAGAAAGCAUAUGAAUGUAGUGAAUGUGGGAAGGCUUUCAAUCAGAGCUCAGCCCUCAUUAGACAUCGGAAAAUCCAUACUGGUGAGAAGGCUUGUAAGUGUAAUGAAUGUGGCAAAGCAUUCAGUCAAAGUUCAUAUCUCAUUAUACAUCAAAGAAUUCACACUGGUGAGAAACCCUAUGAGUGUAAUGAAUGUGGGAAAACCUUUAGCCAGAGCUCAAAACUUAUUAGACAUCAGCGAAUUCAUACAGGAGAGAGACCAUAUGAAUGUAAUGAAUGUGGAAAAGCUUUCAGGCAGAGCUCAGAGCUGAUUACCCAUCAGAGAAUACACAGUGGAGAGAAACCAUAUGAAUGUAAUGAAUGUGGAAAAGCCUUCAGUUUGAGCUCAAAUCUCAUCAGACACCAGAGAAUUCAUAGUGGAGAGGAACCUUAUCAGUGUAGUGAAUGUGGCAAAACCUUCAAAAGGAGCUCAGCCCUUGUUCAGCAUCAGAGAAUCCAUUCUGGGGAUGAAGCUUACAUAUGUAGUGAAUGUGGGAAGGCGUUCAGGCACAGAUCAGUCCUUAUGCGCCAUCAGAGAGUACACACUGUAAAGUAACUUGUGAAUACAAUGAAUGUUGUAAAUAAUUCACUGGUAUUUUUAUCUUAGUUAGUCUUAUCUUAGAAUAAGACUCCAUAAAGGUUGUAAACUACUAGGUCUUGAGUCAGUCUAACUUGCUUUGUGUAGUGUUUCCCAAUGCUAGUGCAAAUUGUCCCGUGAAAGCUUUUCCUGUUAGUAAUCAGAAGACGGGAGAAUCACUACUUCCAGCUUUUCUCUUACCAUUAGGAGUACUCAGGAAAUACGAAAAAUGGGAAUGUAACAUUGAAACCUCAUUUUCUAUGAGAAUGUCAAAAAGGUGUAGUGUCCCAGGCUCUGUCACUGCAUCUGUCAAUGUGCCAGGGUUGGGGAAUGUUGUGGACAGUAUGAGGGACAAUUUGUCUCAGGAACUCAAAAGUUUUACUAACCCAAUUAACAACAGUAACAGGGCAGCACAAAAGGUGGAGGAAUGGUUUCAUCAAUUAUUUAACAAGCCUAGGACAGGCCAGAAAUUAAGGAGGCAUGAGAAGAAUACAAAUUAAUUUACCUAACCAUUAUUUUUUGAGUACCUGCUUUGUGCCAGGGACCAGGGAUACAAUGGGAAAUGACAUAACCUUUACCAUCUGAUGGACAAGGUAACCAAACAUGUAAUGACACUAUGGUGUAAUCAGUGCUAUGUGACCUUAAGGAGCACCUAGCUAAACCUUGGAAGAAGAAAUGGGGAAAGUGACCUGAAGAGUGAAUAGGAGUUACCCAGGGGAGGGGGGCAGGUAGGCCAGGGAAGAAUGUUUCCAGUGGAGGUAACAACAGACAAAGGCCAGGAAGAAAGUGUGGAGCACUCCUGUUGACUUCCUUUUGAGGUGGGGUCAUGUCUAUAGGAGAAGCAUGGGUGUAGCCAGAUUCUCAAGCAGUGCCUAUAGCAAAAUAUGAGCCAGUUUUGUUAAUAUGUUAAGUUUCUACUAAGAGAAAACCCGGAGCCCUUGGACCACAGGGUAAUCAGGAGCUUUGUCUUUAUUGAUGUGACCCUAGAGAAGGGGCUAUUAUGUGGUUUCCUUGCCCAACCUGUAGGCUAGCCUAGAACUUCCAUAGGGGUAGUAGUGGGAAUUAGGGUGAGAAAGAGCCUGGCCUAGAUGUUAAGAGUCUAUUGGAGUUCUAAGUCUUCCUCUCCCAGACGUAAGGACUCCUUUGGUCUUAGGAUAUAUCAGAGUUGCUAUCACAUUCCACCUAAUCCUCAAGGCUCUGGGUCAGAAGCUGCCAUCUUAUUUGUUUCUCAAGCUGUAUCUCCACAGUCCCUAGAACACUUCCUUGGGCUCAGGUUCUCAAAAAAUAUUUGUCAGUUGCCGGGUCAGUGACUUAUUUUCCAGGAAUCUCACACGUUCAGUUUUCUUACGUUAGCAAUACUUCACAGUAUCUUUUGAAAAUUUUGUUAAAGACAAUGAAAAUGAAGACAGUAAUGGCCAUGGUCAGUUGAGACUUCUCUUCUGAGUGACCCAGCAGGAAGGGUAUCUUUAGGCUGGUGCUUAGUUCAAGGUGGAAAGUUGUACACAUUAAUCAGAAACAGAAAGACAUGUUAUUCAAAAGACCUAAUUGUUGGAGGAAUAACACCUUACCAAAAGCAAAUCUAUAUGGAAAUCUAGAAUCCUGUGCAUAGAAAAAGAAUUUUCAUGAGGACAAAAAUGAAGAGAAGUAAUGCUCUUGGGGCAUAUACAAGUGGGCAUGUGCUAACCAGUAAGAAUGACAGGAGGGCUAAAUGCCCAUGUUUGGAGAGAAUAUGAAAAAAAGGGAUGGGGUCAUUUGGAAAAGAUGGUAAAAUGUAACAAAAUAUAUUGUAAGAGCUACUUGACUCAUUUUCCUCCUUUUCCACAGAGAAAGAUCCAAACAAAGUGAAAAGGGAGGACAUUAAGUAGGAGUUGAUAUAUUGCCAAAAGGAAAUACUCUGUAUAAGAGAGCUCUUACAUAUAUCAAUAAAAAAUGUAACAGGUACUUGCUAAGGGCUUUGUAUAUAUUUAUUAGUUAUUUCUCACUACAGCCCAUAUUUCACAAGUGAGGUAAUGAAUGCUAAAGAUCAUAUAGCUAAAAAGUGGUAAGGUUAGACUUUGAACCCAGGCAGUAGGAACUCGGAACCCUGUUGUGGAGCCACUUCUCUACUGUCUCCCCAUGAAAAAUUUCCAAUAGAACUAAUGGUAUUUAAAUAGGCAAAUAAUGAAAGAACACGUGCCAGUAAACAAUACCUGAAUGUUCAACCUCACUAGAGUUGAAAUGUAUAUUAAAGCAAGAGUUGAGAUGGCUCUUUUCCCUAUAAAACAGACAAACAUUCAGGAAAAUUGGGUCUCCGUGCUGCUAGUGAGAUGUGAACACAUUCUAUCUCUGGCAAUCAAUACCAGAAGCCUUAAGAAUUGCCUUUUGACUUUGAAAUUCUACCUGGAAAUGUAUAUUUCAGAAACCAUCAUGAAUGUACAGAAAGUCUUAAAAUCUGUUGAAACUGAUGUUAAUUAAGUAUUAAAUGAAUCAUUCAUGAUAUGUUAAGUAAAAAUAUUACAAUUAUGUUAAAUAAAAAUAUUACAAUAUGUACACUA